AUGGCACUGGUGACAUCACAACGAUGCUCCGCCGGUAGCCUUUGGGAGAAAGCUGGGACACUUACAUCUAUCCUUUUUGCUCUGCUCGGAGCCAACUGUGUGAUUGGCCAGAUUUUCUCUGGUCCAAUCCAAACGGUCGCCACUCCAUCUUACGCAGUUCCAACGAGAGUGGCAGUCGCCCACGCACCGGCAGUGUUCGCUCCGACGCCUGUCGCUAUAGCACGCCCUCCAGUCGCCGCUGUAGCUGCUCCGACCUACGACACAUACGAUCCUAAUCCGUCCUACUCCUUCUCCUACGCCGUCAACGAUCCAGUCACUGGAGACAACCAUGGUCACACCGAAUCCCGAAAUGGUGACGUUGUCCAGGGAAGGUAUUUCCUCGUCGAACCGGACGGUUCUCUCAGAACCGUCGAGUAUACCGCCGAUCCUGUUAACGGAUUCAAUGCUAACGUACACAAGGAUACAGCCGGCGCACAUCCUGUAGCUGCACCUGUAGCCGUAGCCCGACCACCUGUUGCCGUCGCUGCUACACCGAUUGCAGUCGCUCGUCCACCAUUCGCAGUAGCACGUCCACCGUUCGCUGUCGCUGCAACACCGAUCUCUGUCGCUCGUCCACCGUUUGCGAUUGCCCAGGCUCCAGUGGCCACAAUAGCUCAACCGACUCUUGCUAUUUCUAGGCCUUAUGUUGUAGGUUGAGAUCAUAGAAUUUUGUCUUAUUCUUCAAAAUAGGCUUAAAUUAAUUAUGAGUACAAAUUUAUAUUUUAAGUAUUAAUUUUUUUAAUAAAUAUUUUAAUGAAAAUAAUAUGUUAAAUUUUCCUAUUAUUGCCAUGUCAUGACCUUUGUGAAGAUAUGGGAUCACGAAUUAGGAAAAUAUAUAUAUUAU